CUCCCUCGCCGGUGCUACUCCAUGCCCACGCCGGGGAACACGCCGUCCGCCACCAAUCUAGAGGAAGAAGGGGAGAGGGGAGCACCUGCGUGCUGCGAGCCGCAACGGGCGUCGCGUUUUUCCCCUUCUCUCCCCUCAAACUGCGCCACCGCUCCCAAUCCUUCCGGCGAGCCGCAGCUGAAUCUCGCCGUCGGCAUCUCCUCCCCGCCGCCCAUCUGCGCCCCAGCCAACUCGUCACCCUCCACCUCCUCGUUUGAUUUGUUUUCUGAAUUGUCUAGAUCGGUGAUAAUGUUUUCCUUUCUUUGAGAAAUUUUUUGAUAAAUAAAAAUUGAAACAUGAGUUCAGCUUAGCGUUCUUUUACAUGUUCCAUCGAAUGGUCCAGAUCCAGUUGAAAUGAUUGAAAUUGGAAGAGGAAAGCUCACAGACUUAAACUCAAAUGCAGUCCACCAAACAACAUUUGUUGUAUAUGCUUUGGAAGAAGCUUGUACAGUUUGGGAAGGGGGUUUUUGAGAGAAAAGAAAAAUCUACUUCAACCGAUAUGCCCUUAGGCACGGCCAUGCAUAACAUAGAAAUCACACGUGGAAGGGGUGGGCAAUUAGCUAGAGCAGCAGGUGCUGUAGCGAAACUCAUUGCAAAAGAGGGUAAAUCGGCCACUUUAAGAUUAGCAUCUCUAAUGCAACAAUAUCAUACAGUCUACCAAACACACAUCUCAACCAAUCUCUGCAUCAGCUCAACCAGGCCACGCUCAUCCAGGAUCCCCCAUGCGAUGCAGGCUAGAGUCACCCAGGCAACCAAACACGCCCUAGGAAUUUGGGUUUAGGUAUAUACCUUUUUCACUCUUUCCCGCAAAAACAAAAAGAAGAAGAAGAAAAAGGAAGAGUUCGGUUUUGCUUGAGCAAACCCAAAUCCAACCCGAACUCCUAUCCCGGCCCCCACCUCCACGGCACCGCCACCGCCACCGCGGCAUUUCUUCCUCCAACACCUCUCUCCUCCCCAUCGCCGCCGCUCCCGUCACGCCACCUUCCUUCCACCCCCACCUCCCACGCAAGCCCUCGCCCGAGCUGCCGCCUCCUCCUCCUAUUUAUCCAGCGCUUGCCCACCCGGGGCCGCCUCCAUCAACCACCUGCCCCUGCCCCUGCCCUUCCUUCCCUUGGAAAGUUGGAAUCUACCCAAGGGUCCCAAAUGGAGACGGGGUCUGUGGCUGCAGCUACGGUGGAGGAGGGGUCGACGGCGGGGCCGCAGGCGGGGGGCGCCGAGAUCGCCUUCUUCGACCUGGAGACGUCGGUGCCGCAGCGGGCCGGGCAGGGCUACGCGCUGCUCGAGUUCGGGGCCAUCCUGGUGUGCCCGCGCCGCCUCGUCGAGGUCGCCUGCUACGCCACGCUCGUGCGCCCCGCCGACCUCGGCGUCGUCUCCGCCGCCUCCGUGCGCUGCAACGGCAUCACGCGUGACGCCGUCGCUGCCGCGCCGUGCUUCCGCGACGUCGCCGACAAGGUCUACGACCUCCUGCACGGGAGGGUUUGGGCCGGGCACAACAUCGUGAGGUUUGAUGUGCCAAGAAUAAGGGAAGCGUUCACCGAGAUUGGCCGGACACCUCCGGAGCCGAAAGGGAUGAUCGACACACUACCUCUGCUUACCCAGCGGUUUGGGAGGAGAGCAGGAGACAUGAAGAUGGCAAGCUUGGCAAAUUACUUCGGUCUAGGGAGGCAAAAGCACAGGAGCCUGGAUGAUGUCAGGAUGAACCUUGAAGUUCUCAAAUAUUGUGCUACAGUGUUGUUCCUGGAGGCAAGUUUUCCGGAAGUGCUUAUUGUUGAGAACCUUGUGGGUGCAAUUACAAGAAGCAAAACUGAUGGAGCUACUUCUCCUGAGGUGAAGAAUCUUGAAGCAAACACAUCACCUGAUUCUUUGAAACGACAACGUACUGUUUCUCAAGUCAAUGGUUUGACUACAGAUCAAGAUAAUCAAGAAUCAGUUGAUCCUGCAAUGAACGGGGAAUCCAGUGACUUGAUAUCCCACAUGGAGGAGAUGAAAUUAGAUGCUUCUGUGCAGAUGGAUGCGAGUUUCAGUGGUCAUUCUGGGUUCCUCGAGCCAGAUGAUGUAUCAACUGAGUGCAUCAAGAUUUUUACUACCCCUUCUUACCAAUUUAAUCGGAGAACAUUGAUCAAGCACAAAGAUAGUCCACUACACCUUUGCUGCGCUGGCUUGAAAGUCCAGUUUGGAGUUGGUACAAAGUUCCUAGACACUGCAGGUCGUCCAAAGUUGAACAUGGUGGUUCAUAUCCCUGAGAAUCUAAGCAAAGUUCUAGAAUUCUGUGAUAAUCAGGCCCAGAGAUUUUUUCAAGAGUCUGGUACCACUUCCGAGUGGAGAACCCUGAUAAAGAAGUACGGUUAUGUGAAUCGUCCAACUGUUCGCCUCAACAUCCCUACCACUCCCAGCAGCGGUGCUUCGCCCUACUCGACAGACAUAUACCAGAAAGAGCCCAGCGGCAACAUUCAGAAGCUUGCUUUUAGCAAGGUAGAUGCCGCGGAACUGGACUCCCUGUUUGUUCGGGGGAACAGGCUGGAUGCGUUCUUCUCGCUGGAAAUAUAUGACUACCAGCAAAAUGCUGGCAUCCGGUUGGUCGCAAAGAGGCUGGUUGUACACUCCAAGUAGCACCAGUCAUAGUUCAUACUAUGAUGUACUAGUGCUAGAAGCUAACUCUUGCACUAAUUUAAUUGAUUGCUUUAUGUCUUCACCCAGUUGUAUGUUAAUUAUUAUGCCAGUGUGAAUAAGAUCUGACCAGUAGCAGGCUAGCAGAUGCUGAUGCUGAACUAGGGAUUCAGAAAUUGUAAAAUGUUCUAACAAGAUGUUUGUCCAUCUGUUAACGGAAAGAUCAUGUAUAGAUUUAUAUAUUAAGCAGAGGAUUAAAGAUU